AUGGCAAGCCUCAAAAUCACCAAGAAACAUCACAAACACCUCAACAACCCCUUCACAUCUCCCCCGAAAGCUCUUCCUUUCAUCCAUGGAGGCCUGUUCUUCAAUCUACAAACAGUCCCUUCACAGAAGAUCUUCGAUGUUGGGAAGGAUUUCCAGCUCAGUUGGAGCUCAAUUGAUGGUGGGUGUCUCUCUAUUUCUCCCAAAUCUCAACCCACGAGGCCCAUCUGGUCUACCGUGCCAGGACAAGCCUUUGUUUCUGCAGCAAUUGUAGAGACAGAGGCGGAAGAAAGCAGAGGUUCGUUUGUUAUAAAAGAUAAACGUGUUCAUUCGAUAUGUAACCGUCAAUAUAUUGAAGAUAUAAAGGUGAUAAAUCAAUCUGAUAUCAGUGAAGUGGCAAAGUAUCCUGAUUUCCCAUCUGGGUUCUGGUCAAUGGACUAUAAAUUGGAUUUCAAGGAUACCUAUUUCCCCAUUUUACUCAUAACAGGUUGGAUUUUCUGCGACACGAGGAGGAAUAAGCAAAAACAGUUUCAUUUUGAGAAACUCAGAGCUCAUGGAGGCUUAGAUUUAGAGACCGAGGAACAUUCCAUCUCUGCCAAAAGAUAUUGGGCUUUGUUUGAACAGAAAAGCAGUAAUCAAAUUGCUUUCCAAGUGAAACUUGGAAUACCCAAUUCUGAUUUGCACCGGAGAGCCUUGCCAAAGGUCCCCAGAAGCUUCAGGAGUUUAAGAUGGAAGCUGGGCAGGCCUAAGAAACGACGUCUUGGGUGGUUUUGGUUUCUCUCAAGGCCAAGAGGUUUUGUUGCAGUUAAUCCUUCAGAUGAUGAAAGAGAAGAAGAGAAGCCUGGAGAUUUUCCAGGGGUAAACAGAGUUUUUCUGACAUAUUCAAGUGAAACAGAUGAGAAGUUCUACGGUUUUGGAGAGCAGUUCUCUCACAUGGAGUUCAAAGGUAGAAGAGUACCAAUUUUUGUUCAAGAGCAGGGCAUUGGAAGAGGAGAUCAACCCAUCACUCUUGCAGCUAAUCUGGUUAGCUACAGAGCUGGAGGUGACUGGAGUACUACCUAUGCACCUUCUCCAUUCUAUAUGACAUCAAAGAUGAGGUCUCUUUACCUUGAAGGAUACAAUUAUUCUGUUUUUGAUCUAACAAAACCAGAUAGAGUUCAGAUAAAGAUACAUGGCGAUUCGUUGCAAGGUAGAAUACUCUAUGGGAACUCACCAACUGGCCUUAUUGAACAAUUCACAGAAGCCAUUGGACGACCCCCUGAGCUUGCUAACUGGAUCAUCUCCGGAGCGGUGGUGGGAAUGCAAGGUGGGACAGAGACAGUACGCAAGGUUUGGGAUAAACUGAAAAAUUAUGAUGUUCCCAUCUCAGCAUUCUGGUUGCAGGAUUGGGUGGGGCAGAGAAAGACUGUAAUUGGGUCUCAGCUAUGGUGGAAUUGGGAAAUUGACAGAGAACAGUACAGGGGAUGGCAACAACUUCUGAAGGAUCUUGGUUCAGAGGAUAUUAAAGUGAUGACUUACUGCAAUCCUUGUCUAGCACCUGUUGAUGAGAAGUUGAACAGAAGGAGAAACCUAUUUGAGGAGGCCAAAAAGUUGGACAUCUUAGUGAAACACAAGAGUGGAGAAAUAUAUAUGGUUCCAAACACAGCUUUUGAUGUGGGGAUGUUGGAUCUGACACACCCAGAUGCCUCACGAUGGUUCAAGCAGAUCUUACAGGAAAUGGUAGAUGAUGGUGUCAGGGGAUGGAUGGCAGAUUUUGGUGAAGGCCUGCCACUGGAUGCAUCACUCUAUUCAGGUGAGGAUCCUAUAUCUGCCCAUAACAGAUAUCCUGAGUUAUGGGCCAAAAUAAACCGGGAGUUUGUGGAAGAAUGGCAAUCUACUCAACUUGCAAGGGAAGAGAAGGACAAAGAAGAGUCUUUAGUCUUUUUCAUGAGGGCUGGUUUUAGGGAAAGUCCCAAAUGGGGUAUGCUGUUUUGGGAAGGUGACCAGAUGGUAAGCUGGCAGGCAAAUGAUGGAAUCAAGAGUGCUGUUGUAGGCUUGCUUAGUAGUGGACUGUCUGGUUAUGCCUUCAACCACAGUGACAUUGGAGGCUACUGUGCAGUAAGCUUACCUCUUAUUAAGUAUCAAAGAAGUGAAGAGUUGCUUUUGAGAUGGAUGGAACUGAAUGCAUUCAGUACAGUGUUUAGAACCCAUGAAGGAAAUAGACCAUCUGCAAAUAUACAGUUCUACUCGAAUAGCCGAACCUUGUCACAUUUUGCACGCUUUGCCAAGGUUUACAAGGCUUGGAAAUUUUACAGGAUUCAACUUGUGAAGGAAGCUGCACUCAAAGGUCUGCCUGUUUGCCGUCAUCUCUUUCUCCACUUUCCGAACGAUGAACAUGUGCACAACAUGACUUAUCAACAGUUCUUGGUUGGCACAGAGAUCCUAGUUGUGCCUGUUCUUGAUAAAGGCAAGAAGGAAGUUAAGGCAUAUUUCCCACUAGGAGAAAGUUGCUCUUGGAAACACAUUUGGACAGGGAAAACAUUCAACAAACAGGGAACUGAAGUUUGGAUAGAAGCUCCAGUUGGCUACCCUGCCAUAUUUGUGAAGUCUGCCUCUUCUGUAGGAGAAACUUUUCUGAAAAACCUAAGAGAUCUAGGUGUUCUUUAACAACAGUUCUGAAUGAAGCCCCAAGUCUCAAGUAUUGUGGCAUUCAGCCUCCUAUCAAAUCUCAACUAAUGAUCCUUAUCCCAGCAAAAGCAGACACUGUUGACAAGCGGAGAAACUCAUUUAUACCCCUUGUAGUUCCUCUAUACUUGCAAGUUCUUGAUGAUCCUGAAAGUACAGGUGUCAAUUAAGUAGCUUAACAUUCAAGGAGAGAACCACCAGCAAAUUCUCAAUGUCUUUCAGAUUAUCUGUACUGAUUUCCCCCCCACAAUUUGCUGCAGAGAGUUGGUUCACUGUCUUUCACCCCAGACGAUGUGUUUAUAUGCAUCAAUGGCUCUGAGUUUUCCAACGAUGUAACAAUAAGGUUGCUGUUUAGGUUUUGAAGACGGAAAGAAGUAGAAUUUUAACAAUGUAAAGGUGUAAAAUUGUAAGAAGAGUUCAAAUGUAACAGUCUAGCAAUGUCUCCAUCAAUUUGAUGCAUUUUGUAGAAGAAUCCAAAAAUUGUAUUUGUAUACUAGUUAACGGAAGGGGAUCCAUCCGACGCACAGGAUUUGUCAAGGGAAAA